UUAAGAUAAUUUAUUCCGUUAUAUUAAUUUUUAUUUUACAUGCAUUUCACUCCUCCGAUUGUGAAUCAUGCACCAUAAUAUCUUAUUUGAAUAGUUGCGGUGUGCACUUUCGCAACAAAUGAAAGACGAAAUUCAAUUGCACACCAGCAGCAGAGUUGUAGCAAGGUCAUCCAGUUUUUAUUUCAGUAUCUGUUUAUAUUUCUUUUCGGAUAACCUUUGCUGGAGAUGUGUUUAUAAAUUGUUCACAUGGAACUGAAAUGGAAAGUAGCUGCACUAGUUAGUGUAUUAGGGAUAUGCUUAUUCCUUUUCACUGAAAACGGAAAACCGUUGGACGUUCAAAGUUCGUCUGUGACUGGCCAUAGUUACGUAGCAGCCGUUGUCGAGUUUUCUCCUAAAGGCAGACUAUCCAAUGUUACAACCGCUGAUGUUGAGGAAAACCUUAAAAGCUAUGGAAACUUUGUUGCUGAAGCUCGAAGCCAGGAAGCUGACAUUAUAAUUUUUCCCGAAUAUGGCCUGACAACCAUUUCGCCGUACAAUCAACGAGACUUGGCACUCGAGUUGAGUCAGGUCGUCCCAGCCCCUGGUGAAAACAUGUCACCUUGUGAUUCCGACAACGAAGAAGAGGAUUUUAGAGUUACUAAGAAACUCUCGUGUCUGGCAAAGGAAAAUGGAAUUUAUUUGGUUGUCAAUCUUCUUCAAAAGGUCAUGCAGGACAACAAACCUUUGCUCUACAACACUGAUGCUGUGUUUGAUAGAAAUGGGAAAAUUAUUGCAAGAUAUAGGAAAUUUCACUUGUUCGGAGAAAUUGCUCUCAAUGAGACAGAAAUUCCCGAUAUUACGACCUUCGACACAGAUUUUGGAAUGACCUUUGGUGUCAUCACUUGCUUCGAUCUGAUGUUUCGGACUCCAGCUGUUGAUUUGGUACGUCGGCAACUGGUCGAUGGAAUUGUUUUUCCCACAGCUUGGUUCUCUGAGUUGCCAUUUCUUACUGCCAGCCAAGCACAGGCCGCCUGGUCUGCAGGGAUGCAAGUGGACUUGCUCGCAUCUGGAUUUAACAAUCCCGUGGUUGGCAGUACAGGCAGCGGAGUUUAUCAAAAAGGGAAAUUUUACACAACCAUGAUGUCUUCGGAAGGUAACAAAAUUUUAGUCUCUCGAGUUGGUGCUGGCAGCGCAGAAACCAAACUAGAAACAAAGUGCGGAUUCAAGACUUUAGAAGAGGACCUGAGCAAAUACACAGCAAAGGCUCUCACUGUUAGCAAUCAGCCUCAGAAGGAGACGGUGUGCAGUUCUGAGUUAUGCUGUCAAGUGAAUUACCGAAUAAAUUCAAACGGGCUAAAUCAUAGGAACAUCCACUUCCAAAUUUUGGUCUUCAGUGGGGAGCGAAUUCACGCAAAUAUUUAUAAAAGCAAAAUGCAGGUUUGCGCUGUGGUGGCCUGCGCAAGCUCUGAAAAGCAAAGCUGCGCCCACAAUUUUGAUAAAUCUAAAUAUUCGACCAAUGUGUUGUUUUCGAGCUUGGAAAUUUCGGGAAAUUUCUCCAAUGAUGCUGUUCUGCCCAAUACAUUGAACUCUCACAAUUGUGGGCCAUUGAAGCCUGAAGAAUUUAAUUUUUCUUCGCAGAACACAUUUUACUCUAUUCGUGCUCGUCAGCCAAGUAGUGGCAUCCACACUUUCGGGCUGUACAGUCAUGGCUUCUAGUUCAAUAACAAGCUACAUCAUAAUUAUGUAGUACAUUAAUUUUUUAUUUAGAAAUUGCUCCUUUUGUGUAAAAUUGAACUGCGUCACUUUUGACUGAAAUUGUAUGCAAAAAAUGUAAGGAAAAUAUGAAAAAAAAAAAAAAAAACGAAAACAAAA